AACUCCCAUAGGUGAACUUUCCGUGUCCACCAACCCGGUUAAAUCUCUGGACAUUUGCUUCUCGUCCUCUCAAUUCCGUAAACAACAACCCCGCCACGAGAAGGUAGUUAGUAGGACCUCCUUGAUAGUGACUAUAUACGUGUGGCUAUGUGAGAGCAUUUGGAUAGGGAGAGUGGACUCCCCACUCUCGGCCGUAUCAGGGCAUUUAUGGGCCGGAUAUGUUUAGUUUAAGUACAAAUUGUUUCUAAACACACAAUUGAUGGAAUACUUGAAUUACUCCAUAGUUAGAACUUUUGAAAACUCACUUAUUUACCCUAUACUACUUAUAUAGAAAAUCAAUCCUCUGACUUGUUUUAGUUGACUUUGAAUAGGAGAAGGUUAAUGUCUGUCAUUUAUUCCCAAUGAGGCAGUGAAAUUUAUUUUUUCUUUAUGUCACUUAUUUGGAUGCACAACCAUUCGCUAAGUUAAAAAAAUCCUCCUUAUAAUUGUGUUUACACACAUAUGGAAACUGGUAAAUACAAUUGCAUGUAAUCCAAUCAUACACAUUUUACUUAGGUUUUUCGUGAAACAUUGACAUAAUGACCUUGAAUUUAUGAUAUCGUUUAUUGAUAGCUGAGUUAAGACUUCAUCAAAACAAGGCUAUUCGACUGAACUCUGAAUGGGGGGGGGGAGAUGACGUAUAUUUUGGUUUCAAAUGCUUUAGGUCAAGCAGAUCUCAACAUAAUCCAGUCUUUCUAUAAGUUUGUGAAUUUUAACGGACAUCUAUUUUUUCAUCAAUGUUCCAUCUAACAACUUCAUAUCAUCUUUCAUUAGUAUCGAUAGUAAAAACAUGACCAAUCCUUUAUCAAACCUUGUUUGAACUGAACGUAACAGUUAACAUAGCUAUUAAAAUAAGGUUCUUUCAAUAAAAAUAUAUUUUGAUUUGUAUUUGCAUUGAUUGACGCAAUUACUUACUUACUUAUAUACGCCUGUUACUCCCAAUGAACCAUAGGCCGCCGGCCAACAUUCUCCAACCCACUUUGUCCUGAGCCUACCUUUCAUGUUCUAUCCAAUCGUUGCUUACUCUUUACAUACAUGUCUCCAUUUCUUGGUGUAAUGUGUUCUUUGGUAUUUCUCUUCUCUUUUGGCCGUGAGAAUCCCAAGUGAGGGCAUGCCUUGGGAUGAAAUUGGGGAUUAACGCAAUAAACUAACGAUAAUCAUAACAAUAAAACAGAAUGCUAAAUAAUAGAAAUAUUUUAGAAGUGUUCAAAAUAACUGACAGACAUCUUAAUAAAAAAAGGAAUGAGAUUUGGGCAUACUGUUCAUAAGUUAAUUGUCUUUUUGUAUUUAAUAUGAAGUAUUUUAAACAAAGACGCAUAGUGAUUUGUAGUGGAAUCCAAAACAUGCGUUUCGUUCUAUUUGGGACUCGACAGCUAGAUGUAUCUGCAUCCAAGAGUUGAUGUUCACUCCGGAACUUUAUUGAUUGACAAGAGUUAUUUUUUGGCUAUAUAUGAGUAUGGUAAAUUUGUUCCGUUUUAACUGUUUUAUUUCACUAACUUCACACUUACCUUUUUUAACGAGUGAUCUCUGGGACAAAUAUGUAUUAAUUUUUAUAGUUGAAUUCAUGAGUUGAUCUAAGCUAGAUUACAACUAAAAACCUAGUGUUCCAGCUUAAAUCGAUACAUAAUUUCAACUAUGACAAUUACUAUAAUCUCCACAAAUCCCUAUUCUGAAAUUUGUUUCUUGUUUGAUAUCUUCAAUGAAUAAAUGCACUGAAGAGAAUAAUUACUGUCAGUCAGUCAGCAACAACGUAGAACUUCGUACAUACGUACAUCAGUUUGAGUUGCCAUACUAUAUUAGCACGGAGAUACAAUUUUUAAUUCAAAUCUCAUAGUGGUAGAAGUAGUAAAAGUAUAAGCAGUAAUCGGAAAGAAUAGGGUUUGAAGAUGUUAUUCAAGGAGUAUAAUCCAGUGAAAUAAAUUUGGAAAUGGAAAAUAGGAAUAUGAGGAAUUCAGAAGAUUAGAAUUUGGAAGGACACAAAAAGUGAGGGCACCUACGCCAUUGUAAACGAUUUUGAGUCAUGUCAUUCAAGGUCUCCAACCAUCGGUCGAAUAUGAAAUAUCCCCCUUUAUAAACAACCACUUAGAAACAAAUCUGCUUUUACAUCUUGAUAAUCAAGAUGUAUUAUUAAACAGAACGUUCCAAAAAGCAUUCGAACAAUCUUGAUUUCUAUCCAUCCUAUUGAUUUAGAACCAAUUUUAUUUAUUUAUUUAUUUAUUUAUCUAUUUUACCACAUAGAUAUUGGUACAAGGAGGCACCAAAUACAUAUGCGCCACACAAAUCUCAUUCGAUAUGUGUGAGGGCUGUGAUACUUCCCGGGUGCCCAAACCAAAGCAGGUGGUUUUCUUAGGGGGCCACUCCCCGAGCCUGCGACCUGAUCCACAAGGCAGUUGAGCAUGGUAAGGAGAUGCAGUCCCAUGGUAGCUAGUGACCAAUAAUUGGUUCAUACGCCAUUUGUUCCCUCAGUAUCCUGGAGCCAGCCCAUGUGCAACAUUGGUUUGGAAUCCGGUUAAAGCUCCGGACAUUCGGUUUUCGUCCUCUCAAUUUCGUAAACAACACCACCACCACGAGAAGGUAGUGAGUAGGAAUUCCCUGGCGGAGGCUAUAUAAGCGUGGCCAUGUGAAAGAGAGCAUUUGGAGAGGGAGAGCGGACUCUCCCCACUCUCGGCCGUACCAGGGCAUUUGGAGGCUUAAUAAGUAACAGAUCAUUUUAUUAUUAUUAUUUAUAUUAUUCAUAAUUGUAGAAGUUCCAAUAGUUCGAAUCUUAUUAUCCUGUCUCAUAGUUACCAAUAAUUUAAAUUUGAAAAAUAAAAAAAAUGCGUUACAUACUUUUCAAAAGAUUAUAAUACACUAUAUUUUCAUUUCUUUUAUAGGUUUACAAGUUGUAUUAAAUUCUAUAAUGCGUGCUAUGGUUCCACUCUUACAUAUUGCACUUUUAGUUAUCUUUGUAAUAAUUAUUUAUGCAAUUGUUGGUCUAGAAUUAUUUUCUGGUAAACUACAUGCUACAUGUUAUGAUUUUGUAACAGGUGAAAUAGAGGAUAAUCCAUCACCAUGCAGUUUAAAUCAACGUGGUGCAUUGUGUACAGGUUCAACAAUUUGUUAUGAUUUUAAAUUGGAUAUGAGUUAUGCAGCUGUUGCUGAAAGAAAACAACAAGCUGAAGCUAUUUUAGCUGGAAAUAUUACACCACCUUUACCGCAACCAGAAAGAUGGGUUGGACCAAAUUAUGGUAUAACUAAUUUUGAUAAUUUUGGUUUAUCUAUGCUAACUGUAUUUCAAUGUAUUACUAUGGAAGGUUGGACACAAGUUUUAUACUGGGUUAAUGACUCACAAGGGAUGUUAUAUCCAUGGAUUUACUUUAUCAGUAUGAUCAUUAUCGGAUCAUUCUUUGUUAUGAACCUAGUACUUGGUGUUUUGAGUGGGGAAUUUUCAAAAGAGCGUGAAAAAGCUAAAAAACGUGGUAAAUAUCAAAAAGCUAGAGAACAGAUGCAAUUUGAAGAAGAUGUACAAGGUUAUUUAGAUUGGAUUAGUGCAGCUGAAGAUAUUAGUGAUGAUGAAGAAACUACAAAUAAAGAAGAUGAAAAAGAAAAAAAAUUUCAUUGGUGUGCUGCAUGUCGGACCACCUCAUCUUCAGCUACUGAUGACUUUGAAGAGGAAGAAGAAGAUCCAUCUGAACAUGGACUGGAUGAUGGCGGUGGUGGACAUCGUAGUCAAUCAUCAUCACAACAACAUCAGUAUUUUUUCUGUAUUCCAUUGAAAGGAAGGCGAUCGCGGCGUUGGAAUCGUCGUUGCCGACGUUCUUGUCGUCGGCUUGUUAAAUCUCAGACAUUUUACUGGAUAGUUAUAGUCCUUGUUUUUUUAAAUACUGGUGUUCUCACUUCAGAGCAUUAUGGACAACCGCCGUGGCUUGACGAUUUUCAAGAUAUGGCCAAUAUUGUAUUUGUUGUCCUCUUUUCUAUUGAAAUGUUAAUUAAAAUGUACAGUUUAGGAAUACGAUGUUAUUUUGAUUUUAUGUUUAAUCGAUUCGAUUUUUUUGUGGUUAUCUGUAGUAUUAUUGAAGUUGUAUUAAUACAAACUAAAGUGAUGCCACCAUUAGGAGUAUCUGUAUUACGUUGUGCUCGUUUAUUACGUGUAUUUAAAGUGACCAGAUAUUGGAGUAGCUUACGUAAUCUAGUUGGUUCAUUAUUAGCUAGUUUAAAAUCAAUUGUUAGUUUAUUAGUUCUAUUAUUUUUAUUCAUUGUCAUAUUUGCUUUACUUGGUAUGCAAUUAUUUGGUGGAAGAUUUAAUUUUCCAAGAGAAGAAAAGCCAAGAUCAAAUUUUGAUAGUUUUUAUCAAUCCCUUAUAACAGUUUUUCAAAUUUUAACUAGUGAAGAUUGGAAUGAAGCUAUGUACAAUGGAAUUCGUUCAUAUUCAAAUAGUCGUGUUGGUAUUAUGGUCUGUUUAUAUUAUGUUAUACUUUUUAUAUGUGGAAAUUAUAUACUACUCAAUGUCUUUUUGGCUAUUGCUGUUGAUAAUUUGGCUGAUACUGGUCAAAUGGAAGACAAAAAAGAAGAAACAGAUGGUGAAAAAUCAGAUAAUAAAGAAAAUGAAAUGACUAGAAAUGAAGAUAUUAUAAUUGAAGGAGAAAAUGAUAAAGAAAAUAAAAUGUAUCAGUCAAUAGACAAUCGAAAAACAUCUACUACAAUAACUAAUACUACUGAAAAUAAAUUAACUGAAGUACAUCAUGAAUUUAAUGAUGUUACACAAUUAUUAGAUCAAUUGAAUUUAGAUCCAAUCAAUGAAGAAGCUGAUCCUGAUCGACGCAUGUUUGAUCGAGAAGAUAAACAAAGAACAAAUGAUAAAGAUGAUGAUUUAAAAGAAGAUCGAAAUAGAGACAGUCAUGAUGAUGAUGAUGAUAAUGACGAUGAUGAUGAUAAUGAUGAUAGAAGUGCUGAUGAAACUGAUAAAAUGAAAGAUACAACUAGUUCAAGACGUCAUUCAGAAAUUAGUUCAACAAAGAAAAUAAAACCAAUACCAAAUGCAUCUUCAUUUUUCAUAUUCAGUCCAACUAAUCCAUUUCGUGUAGCCUGUCAUGAAGUUUGCAAUCACAAUUAUUUCAAUAAUAUUGUACUUGUAUGUAUCUUAGUUAGUAGUGCUAUGCUUGCAGCUGAAGAUCCAUUAGAUGCAUCAUCUGCACGUAAUCAGAUACUGAACUACUUUGAUUAUUUUUUCACUUCUGUGUUUACAGUGGAGAUAACUUUAAAGAUAAUUACUUAUGGUUUGGUAUUACAUAAGGGAGCAUUUUGUCGAAGCGCAAAUAAUAUGUUAGAUUUUAUGGUAGUUCUUACAUCAAUUAUUUCUUAUCCAAUUGAUAUUGAUACAAUAUCUGUAGUUAAAAUUCUUCGAGUCUCACGAGUAUUACGACCUUUAAGAGCGAUCAAUAGAGCGAAAGGUUUGAAACAUGUCGUCCAAUGUGUUGUAGUUGCUGUAAAAAGUAUUGGUAAAAUAAUGAUGGUUACUUUUUUGCUUGAAUUUAUGUUUGCUGUUAUUGGUGUACAAUUAUUCGCUGGAAAAUUUCACUCUUGUACAGAUAGUUCACGUCUUGUACCAAGUCAAUGUCAUGGUCAAUAUAUCACAUAUGAAUUGGGUGAUAUAAGUCGACCUGUAGUAUUAGCACGUGUAUGGUUAAAUAAUCCAUUGAAUUUUGACAAUGUACCAAAUGCUAUGCUCACUUUAUUUGCUGUAUCAACAUUUGAAGGUUGGCCUGGUCUUUUAUAUAGAUCAAUUGACUCUUAUGCUGAAGAUUAUGGAAGUGUUUAUAAUAAUCGUCCAAUAGUUGUUAUCUUCUAUGUGGCUUAUAUCAUUGUUAUAGCAUUUUUUAUGAUUAAUAUAUUUGUUGGUUUUGUUAUUGUCACAUUUCAACAAGAAGGUGAACAAGAAUAUAGAAAUUGUGAACUUGAUAAAAAUCAACGUAAAUGUUGAAUUUGCAUUGAAAGCUAGACCAGUGAAACGUAUAUCCCA